AUGCCCCCUUCAAAGCGACGGCUGCUGUCCGAGUCGACCGACGACGCCGAGACGGCACCUAAGCGGCAACGAGUCGCAACACGAGCACCGCCACCAGCCGCUUCCCGAGACUUCAUCUCCCGCACAUCCGAUGAGCUCCUCGUCCGCAUUCUCUCCUACAUGAGCGAGCGCACCCUCCUUGACGUCUCUCUCGUAUCCAAGCGCUUCCACGCCAUCUCGGCCGACUCCCAGCUCUGGCGGCCGCACUACUACCGUCGCUUCAUCCUGCCACGCGCGCACCGCAUACCAGGCUUUACGACGACGCGAGGCUACUCCAGCGGUCCUGCGGGCGAUAGUGCACCCGCGUGGCGCAAGCCUGCCUCCGCCAAGCGCUGGAGCACCAUCCGCGAACAGGUCGUGGACCAGGUCGACUGGAAGAAACAGUACCGGCUGCGUCAUAACUGGGCUGGCGGCCGCUGCGCUGUCGAGGAGGUCGAGGUCCACGAUGUGGACAAGAAGUCGGAAGUAGUUGCACCGCCGGAAUGGCAGACCCUCAUCAAGGUCGUCGAGGGCAUCGCCGUCACGGUGGAUGCCCUGUCUGGCAUCCGAGCCUGGGACCUCCGCACGAGGCAGACGAUCGCACAGACACCGCUGGAAUCGGACCGCCCGAUGCGAUCACGACCGAGUUGCUUGGCCGUUGAUGACGCCCGACUCUGCAAGGGCCAAGUUGAUGUGGCUGUGGGGUUCGAGGAUGGCACCUCGGGCGUGUGGCGUCUCGAUGCCCGUCGAAACACAAUGAAGAUACUCUUCCGCCAAGAAAAAGGCUUCCUGGGAAGCCUGCUCUCCAUCGCCUACGGAUACCCAUAUCUACUGACAGCCACCACACUUGGCUUUAUUGCUCUGUACACAUUCAACCACACUUCUGCCGACAAUGUCUCGGAUGCUGGCGACGAGACGGACAAUGAAGCUGCACGGGCCGCAGCCACGCGAUCCCCCGAGGAGGCCGAUGACGAACACGUUACACUGCCGCCGCCAUAUCUCCUCACAUCACUCAAGUCGCACAGCACGCAGGGUCCACUGUCCCUGUCUCUGCGAAAGAAUGCGUCUUCUGUUGUUGCCUCCGUCGCGUACACGUUUAACACCGUCGGCGGCUGGUCCAUUGGCAUCCAGGACCUCGACAUCCGCCCAUCAGGCGCAGUCGUAUCCCGCGUGGCCACGUCUCUACCUAUACAGCUUGGGUCCCGCCACUCGCCUGCGGCCUCUCCCUUGCAGCCAAACCGGCACCGUUUCGAUGUCGAUGACGACGACGACGACAGCGGGCCCGUCAAGCUCCGAUACAGCCACCCCUACCUCCUCGUUACGCUACCGGACAACACGCUAGUCCUGCAUUUAUGCACUGCCACGGCGACAACGCUCACGAUCUCGGCAGGCGUACGUCUAUGGGGUCACACGUCGGGUAUUUCGGAUGCGGAGAUUACGCCGCGCGGCAAGGCCGUCAGUGUUAGCGCACGGGGUGACGAGAUUCGCCUAUGGGACCUGGAGGGCCGGUUGAGCGCUCGCAGCGUCGCCGUCAGGCCGCGCCUGCGAGGUAUGGACGGCAAAUCGUCAGGCGACCCGAGUCCUGCAAGCAGCGCGCCGCAGACACCACCACGCGUCGGGUUAGACGAUGUGCGGCGAAACAGGGUGGGGUUUGACGAUGAAGUAGUGCUGGUUCUAAAGGAGGCUACCGACGGUCGUGACAGCCUCACGCUUUACGAUUUUACAUGA